AUGAUUUCCAAGACGACUUUUGCCGUGCUCUUUGCAGCCCUUGCCGCUGCUGGCCCCAUCCAAUUCCGAGAGGUGGCCUCUCUGGACCCAGCUGCUACUGCUGAGGCCCAUCCCAGGGACGACACUGCUACCCGCGCCUUUUCCAAUGUCCAGAUCAAGACCUCUGAUGGCAAGUGUCUGAGUGUUGACCCCCUCUCUGGAGACUUCCGAGCCAACUUGACGCCCAUCCAAAUCACCGACUGUGGCAGCAACGAUGCCCAGGGCUGGGACGUCAUCACCUCUGGCGUCCACAACGACCAAAAGGGCGAGGCUCUGAUCGUGAGCACCAAGACACAGGCCUGCUUCAACUUUGACCCCCGACGUGCGGCCGGAAACCAGGUCCUUCUCUUCUCGUGCGGUGGACGAGCUGAUGGCAGCGGACAAGUCACCAACUCUCAGCUCUUUGCCUUUACUGGAGGCAAUGGCCCGCUGAGCUUCGCCCCUGGCAACGAUCCCACAAAGUGCUUUGCUGCCAAGGGCAAUGUGAUUGAUAUUGCUGACUGUAAUGCCAACGACGCUACUCAGAAGUUUACCUUUGGUGGUGCUGCUGCUGGAGGCUCUGGCAAUGACAGCAACAACAACAGCUCUGCCGCCGCCAGCUCAGCUGCUGCCACCUCUGAGGCUGCUGCCUCUUCUACCUCGGCGGCUGCUGUGACGAGCGCUGCUGCUGCUGCUUCUUCUGCGGCACCGACGAAUGACGAGGACGCCCAAUGCUCUGCUCCCAAGAUUGUUACCGUCACUGAAGUUACCACUGUCACCGCCGGAGCUCCCCCUCCAGCUGAUGCCAGUCAGACUGCGGAGGCUGCUGCUACCACUUCUGCUGCUGCUGCUGCCACAAGUGACGCCGUUGUCAACAACUCAGGCGACGGCAGCUCCCAGACCACUGCAGCUCCUCCUCCUCCCGUCAUCACCGGAAACCCAACGACCCCCGUGCCCGUCUCCGGAGCUGGAGGCACCCUGAACCCCUCUGCCGUGGCCGAGGCCCAGGCAUUUGAUGCCAGCGCCGUUCGACCCCUGGAGAGUGUCAACAUCCGAGCCGCCGAUGGACGCUGCUUCUUCGUCAACCCCACCGCCGGUGAUUUCCGCGAGAACCUGAUCCCCGUUGGAUUGGCUACCUGCAGCGAAGACGCCAGCCAGAAGUUUGACGUUGUCACCAAGGGAGUCCACGACGACGCCCAGGCUGGUGAGGCGCUGCUUGUUAGUGUGCUCACCAACGGCUGCAUCAACUUUGAUGGCCGCAGAGCCGCCAACGACCAGGUCAUCAUGUUUUCUUGCGGUGGACGCGCCGAUGGAAGUGGCAAAACCGCGACUUCGCAGCUGUUCCCCUUCAAGGCGGGCGACAACAACAUCGUCCUUACUCCCGCCUCGGCCACCAACACGACUUGCUUGGUUGCUGGCGCUGACCGGGUGGAGUCUGCGCAGUGCAGUGGCCAGAAGGAUCAAACCUUUGAACUGGUGGAGAUUCUGUAA